AUGAUAGUUCGCUUCUUUUAUGCCUCUAAGAUAUCGAAAAGAAACGUUUUUCAAAGUAUUACUCGCAAACAUGAUGCCUUACCUCAUUUGCGAAAGUAUUCCAGCACCACAAAAUUGCCAAACAAAGUACAAUUCGUAUUAAGUAAAAUGGAGCGGGAGAAAAAUGUUACACGUGAAAUUCAGCCUAUUCUUGGAACACCGACUACAGAAAUCAACCAGAUUUUUUGGUCUAAAGAUGAGGGAAACCUAAAGCUAGAAUGGGUUGAUCCUCCUCGAUCGGUAUUGAUUGUUAAGAAGCCAUCGAGCGAACCCACGAGCAAAGCAUUCACCGAACUAGUGAAAUGGUUUCACGAUGCACACCCAGAUUUAAAUAUUAUCGUUGAGAGUGAUGUUGCGGAGGAAUUCAGAAAUGAAUUCCCAUUUGUACAUGUGGCACCUCCAGAGAAUAAAUAUGAGUAUACGCGUGUAGUUGACUUUGUAAUUACACUUGGUGGUGAUGGGACGAUCUUGCAUGUUUCAUCGCUAUUCGAAGAAGCCGUUCCACCAGCGAUCUCUGAUUUGAUCAAGGGAGGAAUAUCACUGUUGCUUCGUAUGAGAUUGACAUGUGCAUUGUGGACGGCAGAGAAAAAACGGGUUGUGAAAGAUGGUCAAGAAAUUGGGGAUUUGCAGGCCAUGAACGAAGUUAACCUUCACAGAGGACGAUAUCCACAUUUGGCGGCCAUUAGUUGUUAUGUGAAUGAGCAAUUUUUGACAGAAGCCGUGGCGGAUGGUUUGAUUGUGGCUACUCCUACUGGGUCAACGGCAUAUUCAUUAUCAGCGGGCAUGUAUCCAUUUCGUGGCCCAAUAAUUCAUCCUUCGGUUCAAGGCUUUCUCCUCACACCGAUCUGUCCACGAUCAUUGUCGUUCCGACCAGUUUUAAUUCCGCAAACAGCAAAAAUACAAUUGAAGAUUAGUAAAGUAUGUAGAUCGCCAACGGAAAUUACAGUUGACGGAAGAGAAAUUUGUAUGUUGAAUAAAGGAGACUUUUUGGAGGUACAGGCAUCUUCGUAUCCGAUGCCUUGUGUAAACAGAGUUGAAGAAGGUGUGGACUGGGUUAAAGAUAUCAACAAUUUGCUAAAGUGGAAUCAGAAUUUUGUGAAUAAACAACUUCUUAUUCAUGGAUUAUCAUAA